AUACAAUGAUUGUGUCGUAUUCAUAAUUAUAAUUACAAUUUAAGAUUCUGGACUCGUAUAUCAAGACGAUAGUCUCAUAUUUGCAAAAUCUCACUCCGAGUUUUGUUCAAGACAAAAUUUUCCUUCUCUUUCACAUACAAACGUAAGAAAACCUUGUGCUCGAGGGAAGGAUGGCAGAAAACUACAUUCUGCAGGUUACGGCGGGCUCUGAAUAUGAUGCCAGUAAACAUCAAAUUGUACCCGUCAAUCAAGCAAAAUGCGUGCGUAUUGAGAAUGAACUUUGUGAGGUGGAUCUGAAUGUUAGGAUUCAGGUAGGCGAUCCCUUUUUCUUACUCUGUUUUGUGCUUCAAGACCAUUACGUAGAGUAUAUUCAAAAACUAACUAUCCGCGCCUCACACAGGAUUAUCGCGGACUCCCCAAAUCGUCUCCCGCUACUUCUCCAUAUUUCGAUCUUCCACCGCAUGAUAAGAAUAAAGAUCAAUAUAGUAUUGGAUUUCGAUUCAAACCGAAAAAGGAUAUUAAUGCGGAUGAUUUGGUUUUCGGAAAUGACUUUGAUCAUCCUAUUAGGGAUCGUCUUCCCCCUGGGUUCAAUGCAGCUUUUAGAAUUGUGAAGUGGAUGGUGGAUCCUGGGUUAGACGGGGAUGUGUAUGCGGAUGAACCGUAUUUGUAUGGACCGGCGGCAAGUUCGUUUAAUGUGCUAUAUGUUGGUGAAGGGGGAGAGGGGGAUGGAGAAGAGGCUGAUGAUGCCGGACUGAUGUUUGAGGAAGGAGGGGAUAAAGAAGGUGAGGAACAUAGGAGGGAAUGUGGAAUCCCUGAUGGGGAAGCGGCGAGGAAGAAAUACUUCUUGACAGAGGCAAAUAGAAAAGAUUGGGAUUGGGAGGAGGGAAGAACUUAUGGGUGUGACUUCUUUAAUGCAUAUUUGGAUUUUAAUGGUAAGUUUGAGGUUGAACUUAUCCAUCGUUAUCCCAUGUCUAAAACCUGAUACUAACAUUUAUACCUUCAUUGAUAGAUUUCGCACUUAAAUUACCCGGCUUUACAAUGCCAAUAAUGAAAUACUGGGAUGGACAAGGUCUACGGUUCGUUAAAUUUCUCAAUCCCCCCUUCUCCCAUCACGUAUUUCUCUUGAUCCUAUAACUCUUUUUUUGCCGUCCUUGAUCUUUUAUGCCAACCUUUGUUUUGUUUUGACUUUAGGAAAGAGCAAAAGCGCUCACAUACGCUCAGAUACGUGCUAAAAAAUCGCAAGACUGGAGAAGUCUUAUUCGUGGUUCUUUUUACGCUUUAUCUGAAAGAAGAUGUGGAUGAGAAUGGAAAGCUGAAGGAUGGUAUUGAAGGAGGGAAACCUUUUGAUAAACUGUCUGAAGAAGUUACCGAGAAGCAUACGAGGGAGAAGAAGGGGGAAGAAGGGGGAAUUGAGAAGGAAGAGAAGGUAGAAAAAGUUACAAAUGAUGAUGAUGGUGAUGAUAUUGAUUGAGGAUUAUCGACUACCUUGGGGAGUUUUGCAUACCAAGAAAAGAAAAGCAAGAUAGAAACAUAGAAACAAAUAAAACAUAUAAUGUAUGAUAGAUACUAGAUAUACCUAGAUAUUUACUAUAUCUCCGCGCC